AUGGAAGGGCCGAUCCGAGAUCCCGUGGCCGAAGACACCCUCGCAUUCAGUGAAGAGGAUCUCGAGACCUUGGCAGAGCCACACAAUGAUGCGCUGGUAAUCUUGUUUCUUUUAAACAGCAUUCAGGUUAAAUGUGUGCUUAUGGAUCCAUGCAGCUCGGCCAAUGUAAUCAGGUCAGGGGAAGUAGAACAGCUUGGCUUGCUCGAUCGGAUCAUACCCGCCUCCCAUGUCCUCCACGGCUUAAACAUGACCGGCAAAGUAACAAAAGGAGAAAUCACCCUUCCAGUCGAUACGUCUGGCAUGGUUCAGAACCUCAAAUUUCACGUCAUCAAUGGCGAUAUAAGGUAUAAUGCGUUGCUUGGAAGGCCGUGA